UAGUGUCAUAAACGGUGAAGGGCUGGCUAAUUCACUCAUGCAUCAAAGCUAAUUCCUUGCAACAACGCAAAUCUAAUUCCAAAUUGAACUCGGAUCCCCCGCCAAUCCUUACUGCAUACAAAUUUAGCCUUUUCCAAGUCCUUCUUAAGCUGCAAUAAUCUUCACAAUACAAACUUAGAACCCCAUCUGGCGUGUGGAUAAGAUAACCCUUUUUUGCGAAUGAAUCUUUAAAAUUAGAAUUUUCAUAAAAGCCUACCGGUAGCUAUUUGUAUGAGUUCUUUGGACCUAGCAAACAAUCCCCACCCUUGUUGGACCGAAUUGUUAUAGGCCUACCAAUUCUGACACAUCUACUAGAGGAGGUCCCACGUUAAUAUCAUAUUGUGACAUUCUUGAAUUAUUACACUUAAAGUAUCAUCUGCUUUAUCCGUCACAGACUUCUCCAAGAGGUUACUCAUUCUACUAGUGCUCUCACUUGAACAUAGCUAACAUGAGAGUUUCAAUGUUAAGUGUUGUCCUUAUGUCCAAAUAUAUUCAAAAUCAUUUAUUUUUACGAAAUAAACAGACUGCAAAAUUCAUGAAGGCAUUCUAGUAUCCAUGCAACAACAUUAGAGUGAACAAAAUCAAAUACAUUUCAUUUUGUGUGAGCAAAAGAACUAUGAAAUAAAAAUCUAUGUUGUCAACCUAUCAUAUAGUGUUCCAACCAAAAAAAAAAAAACCUAUCAUAUAAUGAAAACAUCACUUCAGAUUUCUCUUUUAAAAUGCAGAAGUUCUUUUUACCGAGAGUCUCAAAUUUCCAUUGAGGUUCGAUCAUUGUACUAAAAGAGACGGACUAUUUUUAAAUCCAUCGCAACCGUAAAAUCAUCCUUACAUACUAACAAAUGAAUUAGGUAACAUGUGUGUUUUGGAAUUAGUUCCAAAACCAAAUCUUUCCACGUGUUGACCAUAUUGAACGUGUAAACAAUCUUUUACACCAACAAGAGACCUAAUAAAAAAAUCAAAAUAAAAUAAUUAAAAUUGUUCAAAACCAUGAACAGGCUCGGGCAAAUACUUUCGGGUUUCUAGUGCCCCGACCCGGACCGGCCCGGCCCAUUUUCUCUUGUCGUCUACCGUCGUCGCUCCGCCCUCGGAUUUUAAACGAGAAUCGGCGAUAAACGGCGGCGGGGCUGACGAGAACGUUGCUUCCCGCUAAAUGCGAACUCCCUCUUUUGCUCCUUCUUUGACCGCCAUCGUGACGUCAUCCGCCCGAGCUCCGCGGCCGGCCAUCCCGUUCCCGCCCUCUCCGCGCCGCAAUCUCAGCCGCGACCGCGGCUGCGAGGCGGACGCCGGCGCCCCGAUGCCCGCGGACGGCGGAGAAGACGACGGCGCCGCCGCCAAGUCCAAGCUCGCCACCCACGUCGAUCGGAUCAAGCGGGUCGUCCGUGGAGAGUCCACCGAUGGUUGGGAGAAGUGCUGGGAGCAAGGAUUGACCCCUUGGGAUUUAGGAAAACCGACCCCAAUACUUCAGCAGCUUCACCAGAUGGGUGCUCUUCCAAAAGGCAGGGCUCUUGUUCCUGGAUGUGGCACGGGCUAUGAUGUGGUAUCUAUAGCCUGUCCUGAACGCUAUGUUGUGGGAAUAGACAUAUCAGAAAUCGCCCUAAAUAGAGCAGUACAUCUGUUCUCUUCAUCACCAAAUGCAAAUCAUUUCAUCUUCCUGAAGGAGGAUUUCUUCACUUGGCAUCCGACAGAGCUCUUUGAUCUUAUUUUUGAUUAUACGUUCUUUUGUGCAAUUGAGCCGGAAAUGAGAGUAGCAUGGGCAGAGCAAAUGAGUGGAUUAUUGAGACCAGAUGGCGAGCUCAUCACCCUGAUGUUUCCGAUCAGCGAUCACAUUGGUGGACCUCCUUAUAAAGUGUCGAUAUCAGAUUAUGAGGAGGUAUUGUGUCCCAUGGGCUUCGAAGCUAUCUCCAUUAUGGAUAAUGAACUGGCUGUUGGACCCCGCAAGGGAAAGGAAAAGAUUGGAAGGUGGAGGAAGAUAAGAGUCAACUCUUUGAUGUGAUAUCUUACAGCAUUUUCAAUCCUCCAAUCUUGUCAUACAUCAAUCAGAAACUACAAGUAAAAAGUAGAAGUUGGGAGGCAAAUUUGCUUUCCCUCUUUCCCCUCAUUUCUCCUUCAGUCUUUUCAAAUGGUGGCACUUAUAUAUGUAUAGAUACUCUGGACUUAAUCACUGAGCAUGCCGACUGAUUCAGCUCGAAAAAUAAGCUGGAUGCUCGGGUGCAUGCUUGUUUUGUAAGAAAAGCACUUCCCAAAGUUGAUUACAAGAAGGAGCAAGACCUGACUGUAUCCUCUUAACUUAAAAAUUUUUACAGUUCUACCUUGAAGUUUGAUGUCAAUUUGACUUAUUUCCGACCACCGAAAAUUCCAUCAAUGCAAUUGUUCGCGUA